AUGUACUCCAGAGUUUUCACACGUUCAGUAUCAUCUGGCGUUGAAUCGCGCCAAAUCUUUGAUGAUUUCUUGCGCUUUGUCAAAACUCCAAAGAACUUGAGACCAUUUAUCUACCGUAAGAAGAAUGCAAACAAAUUACUAGCCAUGGACUUGAUUGAUCCAGAAACUAAGCGUCCAAUUCAGCCAAGAGAGCCUGUUCAUGUUCCAGGUGCUUCAGUAUACAAUGAUAUUAUCUUCAAUACAUCAUCAGCACAAGAAUUAGAGUCAUUCAUGCGGGAAUGGAGGAAUAUUACACCUAGAAGAAAGGAAUUUUGGGGCUAUUUCAACUCGACUCAUCUACAAAAUGCUCUCUUAGCAUCUACAUUCAGAUUUGAUUCUCUACGCUCCACCCUAAAUCUUCUAUAUCAAUUACAGCCAUUUUUUGUGAAAUCCAAGCAGAUGGACGCUUUCGAUGUUGAUGUGUGGUUUAACAGCGUGUUAAUGUGUCAAUUGCAUAGAAAUGAGUUCAAAAAUGUAAAGGAUUCGAGUAUGGUGGCAAGCGGCUUGAAGAAGUUAUCAUCUACCGUAACUAAAAAAGAAGAUACUACCGGGUUGGCCAAAGAACUGAUCGGAGCACUAGCACAUCAACAAGGCGCCACUGUGGAGAAGCUACCAAGAUUUUGCAAGACAUCAGAGGUUAUUCUUCAAUCCAUUGACGUACAACAAGCCAGCGCAAGUCAACUGAACGUGUAUCUAGCCAAGAACAGAUCAAAUUACUUGUUAAGCAGAACUAUUCUACGUUACGGAUCAUCUUCGCCAGUUGAAGUAAGCAAAUUUGUAGAAAACUACCAAUUAGCAUUGAAGCAGGCAGAUAAGACUGACCCUUAUGAUAGAUAUCUUUCCUUUUAUGAGAAAUGCAAGAAUGAGAAAGAGUCCGAACCUCAAGAGGAAGAACAACCUAAGGAAGAAGACAAAUAA